GAACGUACUGUGCAAUGUCUGCGAAGUUCCAGUUUAUGUUCUCCUAAACAUAGUACUUAGGAAAGAAAUAAUAUAGUUUCUGUGCGGUGAUGUUACUGCGUUAAUUCAAAAUUGCCACACUUUGAAACAGUCCAAUUGAGGAUUAUUGUAGGUCCUUUUGACGUUGUCAAAGAUAUGUCCAGUCUUACUAUCUGAGGGGCGAAUCCAUUAUUUAACAUGGCAUCCUGUCUGAGUGAUAUGUGACUACAGUGUGAUAGUAGUGAUGAAAGUUUUUAUAGAGUGCCGUCUGACAAUCGGUGCUCAGAACUUACAGCAGCAAAGUGAAAUAUUGAUGAACUCAAGCUCUGAACCAAUAAAGUGUACAAUGCAUGUACCUGCAUACAUUAAGAGACGGUCGGGACGGCCGUUUAGUGUUAAAUCACAGUUUUUUCGGGGAUUUAGAACAGAAACAAAUCAAGGAAAAUCAUCAAAUUGCCUUACUGAUAUCGUAUCUCAUGGAUAAGUUGGUUUGCUGAUGCUGUUGAAAUAGGGAACUUGCAACACCAGAAAAUUACAGCCAGAAAGACCUGCAGACAUUGGACACCUGUUGCAAGAAUUAUCUGUUGUCCUGCAGAAGAAACAAAUGUAUCACAUGGCUGCAGAGUGAAAAAGGUGCAUUCUGUCUGCUGAUAAAUGGUGGCGGUCAGUGCACGCGUUCUGGACAAUUCAGUGAGUAUUUGUCGCCAAUGGCUUCUGGGAAAAGUACUGGAAGUAUUGGCAGUGCAUCAUCAUCUUCAACUCCACAGCGUUCUCGACCUACAAAACGUCAGCAUUCAGUGGUGCUAAACGGUGUUGGCGGCUCAUUUGAGGAUAAAAGUAGUGAUUAUUUGUGUCCAGUCUGCUUCGAGCUGAUUGAGGAGGCGCAUAUCACAAGGUGUGGACACACCUUCUGCUACAGGUGCAUAUCAAAGUCAGUUGAAUCCUGCGGACGCUGCCCAAAAUGUGGGUUUUCUCUUAGCAGUCGUGAACAAGUGUUCCCGAACUUUUUGUUGAAUGAGCUGGUCUCAAAAUACAAAUCAAAAGUCAUGGGAACAUCAGAGGCUGGUUUAACACGUGACGCUUCAGGUGAAAGCCUUCUAGGUCCUGAUGGGUUACGUGACUUUGUUGCUACAGAGUCACUAAACCUAACACUGCCAGAUGUAAAUGUUAUUUUGGAAGUGCUGACACAGAGAAAACAUUUAUUAGAGGCGGAAUCAUGUGCAGCUCAAAACAAGCUUUUAUAUGAAUUUCUCACACAUUUACUGCAGCAGAAGGAAGAGCAGUUAAGUCAGCUUACACGGGAAGUUGCUCUUAUUAAGCGGGAUAUAGGAGAAGUUGAGAACAUCUUAAAAGAAGUCCACACCAAAUGCCCCAAGUUGGAGAAAGAACCAUCAGCUUCAGGCAGCACAUUGGGUCUGAAAAAGGAAUUGUCUUCUGAAGGCCCAGGGAAACUUAGCAAAGAAGAAAGCAUGAGUGAAGCAAUGGGUCCUGAUGGAUUUACUGGCAGCCAGAAGAACUUGGACAGCUCUGCAACAAGUCUGGCACUGCGCCGGAAACGUAUGCAUGCCCAUUUUGAUGAUUUUGUUCAGUGCUAUUUCAAUUCAAGAGCCAAAGAACUUAUGUUUGGAGGCAGUAUGGACAAAUCAUUUGGAGGCAGUAUGGACAAAUCAUUUGGAGGCAGUAUGGACAAGUCAUUUGGUGGUAGCAUUGACAGAACAGCAAUGCCAUCAUCAGAAAGCCAAGGUCUGAAUGCGUUUAGAGAAAAUUUAGUGAAAUUUUCCCGGUAUAAUUCUUUACGGCCACUUGCAACCCUAAAUUAUUCAAGCGAUAUCUUUAAUAACUCCACAAUUGUGUCUAGUAUUGAAUUUGAUAAGGACAAUGAGUUUUUUGCCAUUGCUGGAGUCACAAAAAGAAUAAAAGUAUUUGAUUAUGGAGCUGUCAUAAGAGACACAGUGGAUAUUCACUAUCCAUGUGUUGAAAUGGUAUCAAAUUCAAAAAUAUCAUGUGUAAGCUGGAAUUCAUACCACAAAAGCACUCUAGCGAGUAGUGAUUAUGAAGGAACAGUUACCGUGUGGGAUGCUGUCAGCGGGCAGCGUGUUAAAACUUUCCAAGAGCAUGAGAAAAGAUGUUGGAGUGUAGACUUCAAUGAUGUCGAUACCAGACUUAUAGCAUCAGGAUCAGAUGAUGCAAGAGUGAAGCUGUGGUCACUAAACAUUGACCGAUCAGUAGCUUCCCUUGAAGCAAAAGCUAAUGUUUGCUGUGUUAAGUUCAACCCUCGCAGCUCCUGCCAUUUAGCAUUUGGAUCUGCUGACCAUUGUGUACAUUAUUACGAUCUGCGCAAUAUGAAGGAGCCGUUAUCAGUUUUUAAAGGUCAUCGCAAAGCUGUGUCAUAUGUUAAAUUUCUCAACAAGGAAGAGAUUGUAUCUGCAUCAACAGACAGUCAGUUGAAGAUGUGGAAUAUUAAUAAUCCACAUUGUCUGCGGUCAUUUGUUGGUCAUAUUAAUGAAAAGAAUUUUGUAGGUCUAGCAACAGAUGGAGAUUAUGUAGCUUGUGGUUCUGAAAAUAACGCCUUGUAUGUUUAUUACAAAGGACUUACCAAACAGUUGUUCAGUUUUAAGUUUGAUGCUGUUAAGAGUGUUUUGGAGAAGGAUAGAAAAGAAGACGAUGUUAAUGAGUUUGUAUCUGCUGUUUGUUGGAGACAGCAUUCAAAUAUUGUUGUUGCUGCAAACAGUCAAGGUAUCAUAAAAAUUUUGGAGCUAGUGUGAGGUGUACACAAUUUUUAGUUCCUGAGGGUUUAUUGUGUUGUACCUCAUCCUUUUCAGGGGCAAGUGUUUUUGGUGCUUCCAUUAUUGGAUAAAUUAACAUAGUCACAUUUUGGAGGAUCACUGUAAAAUCCAGCGAUUUGAUAUAAUUUUGCUAGUCAGCAUAAAACGAAGUAAGGAACCAGUGUACUUACAAACAUUUUAGGAUAGGUGCAACUUUAAACCCGUACUCUGUGUACUACCCACACAUAUUGCUCAAUUUUGAUGUACUUUGCAUAACUUGCCUCAUGUUAAUUAAUGCAUUAGUGUUUCGGCUGAAACCGGUAAUUUCAUACAUAUAGAUAUUUGCAAGAGGUUGGAAACCUUUUUGAUUGUGUAGGUUUCACACUCUGUAUUCGUUACCAAGCGUUCAUUAAUAAUAUUUUGGAUGUAAUCCAUCAAACGUAUUGUCUGGUGUAUAUGAACUAUAAUAUAGAUUUUGAAAUGUGUUCUAUGUAUUGUAGUGUGUAUUUAUUUCUUUGUGCAUUUUGAGUUGUAGAAAUAUAUUUAUUUUAUUACACA